AAACAUUUUAAGAAGACAGAUGCUGAAAAUAUGAAGAAUUAGCAAAGAAAUGAUGAUAAACACAAACAAACAAAAAUAGAGUCAAGGAAACUCAUAGUAGCUGACUUAAAAGGAUAGAAUAGGAAAAUGAAAGAAAGUUUGUAUUCAGAAAGAGGAUAAAAUUAUGAGAACGGAGAAGGAGGAAGAUCUAUAAGCUGCUCUAGGGAAACAAGCAAAUAAUUACAGGAAACAGAGAACACUAAGACCUCAAUUGGAUCUAUGUGAUAAAUAAAAAUAGUGAAACUAUAACGUAAAAACACGAGAGAUGCAGGAAGAGAAGGCAAAUGAAGAAUAGAAUUAAGAUUAGAGGAAGGAGAAGAUUAACAGAGAAAACACAAAUAUUAAAAUAUUUUGGAAGAGGAAAGACCAACUGUGAAAGACUAGGGAAUAUUAAUUUGUGAUGCACCAGAUAAGGAGGAGAGCAUGUCUUGUGCAAAUGUCUCUUGGAGGCACAAGUGUUAGAAGGUAUUGGAAGGCGAGAUGUAUUCUAAGGUUGAGGAGAACAGCAUGUCUAGAGUGACAGGAGGAAAGCAAUACAAAACAGAAAAAAGUGCAGAAAAGAAAAAAGCUGCAUCAAAAAUCUGAGAUCAAAAUUGAAUGAAAGGAGAAAAUGCCCGACUAAAGCCAGAAAAGGGCAACAAGAAGCAAAGGAAGCAAGCAGUAAAAUUGGCAUGACUACAGAAGAAAUAGAUUGCAUGGUUCACCAUGAAAUAAUCAGACAAAAUGCCUACCCGUCACCUCUGGGCUAUGGAAAUUUUCCAAAAUCUGUUUGUACCUCUGUAAACAACGUGUUAUGUCAUGGGAUUCCUGACAGCCGCCCUCUCCAGGAUGGCGAUAUUAUCAACAUUGAUGUCACGGUGUAUUUCAAUGGCUACCAUGGUGACACUUCCGAAACAAUGUUAGUGGGCAAUGUGGAUGAGUCUGGUCAAAAGUUAGUAGAGGUUGCCAGGAAAUGUAGAGAUGAAGCAAUUGCAGCUUGCAGACCCAGGGCUCCUUUCUCUGUAAUUGGAAACACAAUCAGCCGUCUAGCCAGUCAGAAUGGUUUCCGAGUCUGCCCCAACUUUGUUGGGCAUGGGAUUGGCUCUUAUUUCCAUGGGCAUCCUGAAGUCUGGCAUCAUGAAAAUGAAAAUGAUUUGUUAAUGGAAGAGGGCAUGGCGUUCACAAUAGAACCAAUAAUAAUGGAAGGAUCUUCUGAAUUUAAAAUCCUGCCGGACAAAUGGACUGCAGUAUCCGUGGACAAUAAAAGAUCGGCCCAGUUCGAGCAUACCGUCGUAAUUACUUCAAGAGGAGCAGAAAUCCUGACCCAAGUGGCAGAAGAAAUUUAAGAGGCCGCCGGAAGCGCGGAGGACUGCCUGGAUCUUGCCAGGUCUUCGGAAGAGGCCGCGAGUCCGACCUAGGAGCAGAGAGGGCCAUGGCUGGCGCUCCACGGCAGAGACUCCCGCGGCGUCCUGGCAGUCCUGCGCUUUGACAGACGCCCCGAGAAGGCCGCCCUCGACUGGGUGGCUUGGGCGACACCUGGGGAGGCCCCCAGGAAGUUGUCUGGCGGGCGGAUCCCUCCGGGCGGGAAAGAGGGGCGCUUAGUGGUCACCUUUCCUUCCAGCACCUGGUUCUGCUGGCACUGACAGGUCGGAUGGCCCUUUCUAGCCUGCCAUUGGCAAACCGGGAAAUCCGGGUAGUUUUCUAUAGGACAUGGAGAACGAUUGCCCCCAGCGCCACCCUCCUUCCUUUCUGCCCUGUUGCUUCUUCCCGAAGUAGCGAAGUGUGCGAUCGGCCCCAAGAAGACGUCUUCCCCAUCUCCCUUCUCUCCGACUGAAGGGCAUUGCUGGUGUGAGAUCUAAGGCGGGUCGCUGCUCUCCUGGCAGUUUUUGUUUCUCUUUCGUGUGUUUUCUGCUUUCAGUUCUGCCACACGCACACGUGCGCGCGCACACAUCUGUGUGUGUGAGAUAUAAACAGAUAGAUACGCGCGUAUAUAUAUUUUACCUACACGGAUAAACGAAGAUGCUGUAUCAAAACAUCUUUAAUAUCUGUUAAAACCGAGGUUCCCGAGGAAGUUUAAGAAUAGGACAACAUUUUGAUAAUUAAAAAAUAAGCAAAAUAAG